AUGGAAACCCUCCACAAGACGAUUUAUGAAGCUGCAAAAGCAUCAGGUAUGCUCAUUUCUCCGAGAAACACUUCCACCUUCCAUCCAAAACAACCGUGGUUCGAUCGGGAAUGCCUAGCUGCGAAGAAAUCAACAGAAUCUUCAUUUUGUACCUGCCGGAAUGCCCAGUUUUUAUCUCCAGCUGUUGUCUCCUACCGCAGUAUCAAGAAAACAUACUUUGAUCUCAUCGACGACAAGAGGCAGGCGUAUUUCAACGACAUCAGGGAGAGGAUCGCCAAUGCUAAAGCACAGUCCGACUUCUGGAGAGCAUUCCGGUCCUGUACAGUUCUAUCUCCAUCCCCAGAGCUCGACGUAGAGGUCUGGCAAUCCUUCUACGCUGUCGUCUACCCUUCGAGGGUUGUUGACUUCGGUGAUUACAGUGGCUCUGCUGACCAGCGUCUUGAUGGUUCAAUUUCACUAGGUGAGAUUAAGUCGGUCCUGGUGGCUGCGAAGUGUGGAAAGACUGCGGGCUCUGACAGCAUCCCUGCAGAAUUUUACAAAGCCCUCCCUCCUGCCGGUAUGCUGUAUCUCCUCAACCUCUUCAACAAGAUCCUUUCCGAGGGCGUGGUUCCUGACUAUUGGCAUGAAAUUAUCCUGACCAUGAUCUUCAAGAAGAGUGACAAGACCAAGCCAGAGAACUACAGAGGGAUCGCGCUGGUCGUCGUCGCAAAACUCUUCACGAAGAUCCUCUGCUCCAGGCUCGACAAAUGGGCGGAGGAGGCAAACAUCUACCCGGAAGCUCAAGCUGGAUUCCGCAAAGAACGCUCUACGCUAGAUAACAUCUUUGUAGCGCUGGCGACCGUCUAA